AUGAGCAGUGCGGAGGAUAAAACCUGGCAGACUAUCUUCGAGGAAGCCCGUUUUGAUCUAAGAACACGCAUACAAGGCUAUGAGCUCCUUCUGGUCGAAUACCAGACCCCUCUUUUCCGCAAUGAGUUGCUUGACGCCAUCAAAUUGCACGAGGAAGCCAUCCAGCGCCCAGAUCCCACACCUGCGGAACGCGAGCGUGUUGUUGACCAGCUCGACGUACUUGACAAGAUGGAUGGCCGGCUUCAUAAACAUUGGAAGGAGCUCCAGAAGAACAUGAGCUUUCGGAUAGUCCUUCUGGCCAGCAUCGCGGAUUUUCAGAGAUUCUUGGGUGCAUGGUUAAUGCUAGAGUAUACCGGGAAAUGCAUAGUGAAAAGCCACAACUGGGCAGUUGGGCUCGUCAACACGAUUGACGACGUCGGCAGCGGUACGGGUAGAAUCGACGAGGAGUUCAGCCUUUACCAACAAACUUUUGUCCGUCCCCUGAAAGAGAUGAUGUUGAAUCGAGAUCACGUCGAGGGAAGAAUCAGAGCCGCGUCAGCAGGUUCAACACACCCAGCCGGCGAGAUUCACCGCAUGAUCGACCAGUGCGACUGGCCAAAUCUAGCUGCCGCCGUGGUAAGCGACCGCGAGCUUGCCGCGACCCUGUUCGGCGCGAAGCAGGUCAACAAGGAUAUCUGGAGCCCUCAGUUUGGCAGGUCCGUCCUGCAAAAGGUCGACGACACGAGGGACAAGUACUUCGCGCAGCUCUCGACCACGACAAAGUACACGCUCAGCAGGCGCGCAAGGGAGCUGUCGGCCAAGAAGGCCGCACGCGCUGCCCGCCAAUCUUCUUCAACUCAUUCAUCCCCAGCCAGUGUUCGGAACCCAGAAGACUCAUCAGCGGUGGCCGCAGCCAAGAGCGUCUACAGCAAGGUCGUCAGCGGCCUCGGACUCGGGCGGACGGUCCCGAGCCUCAGAUCCUUCAUCCACCGUGGCACCUCUACAACUUCUCCCGGGGCCAGCUUGGAUUCAACGACUCAGCUGAUCGGAGAGAAAGAAAAGGCUGGCUGA